GCUUACGCUUCUCUGCAGCUCGCCGUCCCGGGCCGUCCUACAGUAUCGUUCCGUGUUACCCUUAGCAAGCGCAUGUUGACAUCAUAAUAGACAUUCUCGAGGACUUUCAGAACCGUGUUUCCCAACCAUCGCUGAGCCUGCCACGCACUUGCCUCGCAAAAGGAUAAUGGCUCUAUGCCACCUGCAGCAUGCACGAUUCGGAGCAGCCUCAGGGCGCCCGGGGAGAGGGGCGGUCUGCGUAACGCGUGCACUACUGCCAACUCCUGACACUGCGGCCGCCCAAACGCGGGCAAACGUCAAGGCCCGCCUGCGCCAGCUGGUCAGCAAAGUCAACUCCGCAGCGGUGCCCGGGCCCGCUGACCUGGCGGCCCUUGACGGCGCCAUCACCGACCUGUGCGCACUCAACCCGCAGCGCGAUACCGCCACCUCGCCCCUCAUCAACGGCCGCUGGGUGCUCCUGUACACCGCAAGCAUGUCCACGCUGCGACAGGCGGCGCGGGCGUCAGGGACAGGCGGCGGCAGUAGCAGUAGCAGCAGUGGCAGUAGCAAUGGAGGCGGUGGUGGCAGUAGCAGGGGAGGAGGUGGCGGGGGCCUGGAGGAAGUGCUGACGCCGCUGCAGCUCGCCAAUGACGCCGCUUACAAGUUCUUCUACACGUAUGUGCCGGUGCUGGCGGGGGCGGCGGUGGGUGUGCGUGGCGCUUCAGGCUCGGGGCCCGUCAAGGCGCGAGGCAACUUCCAGGUGUUCAACACGGCAGCGGGGCGCGUGGAGAACCAGGCCAAGUUUGAGGUGGCCGGACGGCAGUGCUGCGUCAACGUCAACGGCACGGCGGUGUUGGCGCAGAUGUCGCAGGGGGCGCCGAAACAACGACUGCGCGCCACCUUCACCUCCUUCGACCUGCUAGUGGAUGGGGAACGGAGGCUGUCGCUGCCGCUGUCGCUGCUCAACCCAGUUGGCUACGUUGACACGCCCUACCUGGACGAAGACUUGCGAAUCAGCAUCGGCGACAAGGGCUCUGUCUUCAUCGCGGCGCGGGAAGGGCCGGUUGGCGCGGGGGUGUAGGGAAUGCGUGGGCGCGGCGCCGUGGCAGUAAUGGGCCGCGGGGAACGCGGCGACGCGGCGAGAGGCGGCUAGACGUUGUGGUCGUGACUACUCCUGUUUCCUGGGCACAGGUCCUGCACGCAUGGUCGGGGGAUUGGCACUUCCCGAGUUUGCUGCCAUUCCCAAAGUUGAGGUUACUUUAUGGUUCACAUUAAGCGUGGGCGUAGCACUGGGGGUUGACGUGGGGAGUCACGUGGUGGGGCUUGGCUGCAGGUAGGUAUACACUGACAGGGUGAAGGGCUAUGCCAAAGUGGUGAAGCACAGGGCAAAGUGAUAUCUGUAGCUUGGCAGGUGAGCACAAAGCAAACUUGAAGCGAGCGGGCUUCACGACACGCUGCCGCCAGAAGAAUGCAUUUGCAACAUUAUGAGCAAGAGGCUGUUCAAUCCUUGUAAGCUGCCGGAUAG